CUGUAUAUACACUAUAUUGCCAAAAGUAUUGGGACACCCUUCCAAAUCAUUGAAUUCAGGUGUUCCAAUCACAUCCAUGGCCACUGGUGUAUAAAAUUAAGCACCUAGGUAUGCAGACUGCUUUUACAAACAUUUGUGAAAGAAUGGGUCACUCUCAGGAGCUCAGUCAAUUCCAGCGUGGUACCAUGAUAAGUUGUCACCUGUGCAAUAAGUCCAUCCAUGGCAUUUCCUUGCUAAUAAAUAUUCCGCAGCAAAAUGUUAGUGGUAUUAUAACAAAGUGGAAGCAACUGGGAACAACAGCA